GAUAGUUAUGCUGAAAACAAGCAAGAGAAAUUGGAUAACUUCGAGUAUAAAGGCUGGUCUCAAAUAAGGAUAUACAAUAUAGAAGUUAAAAAGAGUAAUAUAGGUAGAAAAUCUCUCUCUCAGCGUCGUCUUCUGGGCUGUAGGAUUAUGGUGUGCAAUCAACUCGCUCAAGACCCCAAGUUGAAGGGAGGCUACAACGCUAUGGGCUUCUCCCAGGGGGCGCAAUUUCUGAGAGCCGUGGCACAGCGAUGUCCUUCCCCGCCUAUGAAAAACCUCAUCUCUGUGGGCGGGCAGCACCAAGGCGUGUACGGGCUGCCGAGGUGUCCCGGAGAGAGCUCGUACAUUUGCGACAUGAUCCGAAAGGCCCUGAACACGGGGGCGUACAGCGACUUGGUGCAAAAACACCUGGUGCAGGCCCAGUACUGGCACGACCCUUUAAAGGACGACCUGUACAAGAAGCACAGUCUCUUCCUGGCUGAUAUCAACCAGGAGAGGGUGCUAAAUGAGACCUAUAAGAAGAAUCUUCAGAUGCUGGACAAGUUCGUCAUGGUGAAGUUUCUGCAGGACACGGUGGUCGAUCCGGUUGAUUCCGAGUGGUUCGGCUUCCUAAAAACCGGGCAGGCCAAAGAGACGGAGACUCUCCAAGAGAGCGUUCUUUACAAAGAGGAUCGCCUGGGCCUGGCCGCCAUGGACAAGGCAGGGAAGCUGGUUUUCCUUGCCACUGAAGGAGACCACCUGCAGUUUUCUAGAGAGUGGUUCAACGCAAACCUGCUGCCUUACCUACAUUAGAGAAAACUCGUUGUUUUCGCUAACUCCUUCCUGUUGCACUAAGGAUCUGUCGCAUGCUGAUGGGUUAAGGUUUACUGUUAACUUCUGUCCUGUGUAAAUGUAGUCGUUAUUUUUUUUAGAAAUGUUGAAUAUUUUAACAAUAACAUGAUUUUAACAUGCAUACAUUUGAAGUAGGAGCCAUUCAUGCUUUGUUUGUGUUUACUAUGUUUUGGGGACCUAUAUUUGGUUGGACCACAGGUGGCGGUAUUGAGGGGCUGCAUAUUUGUGAGGAAGUGAUGGUGACAGUCUUUUCCGCUUCUGCUGCUCAGCACAGUCUUAUGUCCACAGUCGCCAUCCUUCCAAACUUGCCGCCAUUUUACAGACAACGGAUUGACUUGACAUCUUGUGCAAUAAAGAACAUUUCUAAAC